AUGCAGAAUCCACCCACGACCCAGAGCACUUUCAAUCGUAUCGAAGGAAGUGCUACCGACUGGAUCCCGCCAUCUGAGGAUGACUCCGACGCGGGCGACGACUAUGAUGGGGAAGUGGACGGGCUAGAUUCCCAAUGGGACAUGCUGAAUCGUGGCUUAUGGGAUUUUAAUGCAUUGACUAUUGCUAUUCGGCAGCGUUACCUGACCGAGGUUUGCAAACUCCCUCCCCAGGCCGCUCUAAAGAACCUCGAGGACCUACCCUGGCGCGCAGCUCCGAAGCAACGCACAUACGGCGGGCGGACGGAAUUCUACGAAUAUAUUCCUCUAUGGACUGAUCCAGAAUUCGAGACCGACAGGAAGAAUGGUUCGAGAUACUUCCAGGGUAGCCUCCUCAACAGGCUUUAUCCGGCGCAGACCGAGGAGAGUCUUGCCAAGGAUCCCACCGAGAUGGCCAAGCGAUACGGAAUUCACCCUGAUCGCACUGAUGGCCGCUCAAGACUCUCUCCAGAGGACUCCGCAUCAAGACGCUACCAGCUAAAGAACGGAGAUUGGGUCGAUGCCGGUGAUCUGGACAGAUUCCUCGAGGAACAUUACUUCAUGUCAGAAAUCGCACAAGCGUCCAAUCAGAGCAUCGAGAAUUACAUAGAGGUUCAGGCGCAGAAGACAGCGACGACUGAAGAAGAACAGACAACGCUCGAGAUGUGGCAGCUAUGUCAGAAGCACAACGCAGAGCUCAAGAAGGAUGCCGAUUAUCAACGUUUCGUCUUCCACGGCUAUACAACCGACGAGUUGCAAAAGUUAGGUGUGCUUGACUUCAGUAGCGAUGUCUACUUCGACCUGAAAGGACCUGUGCAUCCUAUUCUCGCUCAAAACAGAUGGCUUCCUGCACCAGUUCACGCAGGUACAAAAACUUUACCUCGGCAGUACUAUGUGUUCAAAGACAAAAACCAAAUCCGCCAGACAGGACAGUGGACAGCGAGAGACCCGCUAAUCUGGGAUGCCCUUCAGCCUGCCCUGCAGCUGCUGACACGCAUUCUCAACUCGAACGUGCCGGCUUGGACUGGUCUUCUGGAUUUAUACACACGCCUUCGAGUUGACCUCGACCUCGACCCACUCGCUGACUUGUUCAGGGAUGAAGAGAAAAAGGGCUCUGCAUGCAAUUGCCGGAAUGCGUGGCACACAGAAGCCCACCCCUUUAGUACUAAAAGUUUCCCUGAGCUUUUGAAGUUGUCCGGAACCGGAUUCAACUCUUCUGAUUGGACAAAAAAGGUUGUGGCCAUGACGUUGCAGUUCAAAAUAGAAUCAUGUAACCGGUUUGCCGGGGAUAAUGACCCAGACCAUCUGCGCGGAACGUUUGGCUUCACAAGUAUGAGGGUAAGAAACAACAAAGCAUAUUCAACAGUAUCCAUCGGCGCAGAGUUGAUCUGGCCGCUUCUUUCGAUUCAUACCUCCAAUGCAGAAAAGCGAACUUGUUCCUUUGCGGUUGCGUCCAUUCUACUUCAUGAAAUUGCGCACGCCAUAGUCAUGGCACAAGGUUCAGCUGUUGAUCACAAGCCCAGCCUCAACUGUGUGGCCGAUCCCGGGCACAGGGAUUUGUUGCAUCGAGCAUGUCUUCGUUUGUUUAGCCACUUAGCAGAUGACCCCUUCUUCGAGGAUGAGCCCACAGCCGAAGCUGGGUUUGCUCUGGAGAACCAGGUAUUUGGUGGUGUUCUGACGCACGCUUUACGGUCAUCAUCCGACUUGCAACCAGUCCCCGUCCAUAUGAUAAUGACACAGAUUUCUUCGAAUUUGUGGCCUUUUGCGAGGCGUUCAGCAUGGAUAAGACCAACCAAGACGACUAAGCAGCUGUUCAGUCCGCCACAGCCGAUGCUGGAUGUAAAAAGAGCCAUUCCUUCAGAUACCAUGGCCAAAGUGUUUUCCCAAUCGUUCUGGGACAAGGACUUUGCCAGGUAUGGACCCGAGUCCUUGAAAAUUCAGGGCGACCGCGUGCUGAAAAGGCCUCCACUCGCACCACCAAUAGUCGGGUCACACUGGAACGUCUACGGGCCAAAAAGAGGCUUCUUCAUGAUGAAGGCGCAUUCUACGCUAAGAAAAUCUGGAUAUAACACCAUAGCGACUUAUAUGGAGAGCAGAGCACGACAGCGCGGGAUGGGCAUUGCCACGAGACGUCUCUGGCAUUACGAGCAUAAGACAUGGCCUGGUAUGAGCAAGGAUUUGGACCAAGCUGCCAAAGAGAUACGCAAAGCAGCCGCGAAAUACCUGCCAUUGUUUGAAGAUGCAGUCUUGCCGGAGACUAAGCAGCGUGAUUUAUAUGCGAAACAGCAUCCAAUCGCACCAGGCACCAAUCCUUCGGUCAGCUUUGAAGCCUGGAUUCAAAAUGUCAAGCAAUACAGGUCCCACAGCUUUAGCUACUUGGCUGGCAAGCUGAAGAAGCUACAUCGACUGCUGAUUACAAGGUUCGAGUAUACGCAGUCGAUGUUGUGCACCCUGACCACACUCGAAUUGGCAGACCGGGAGAAGAUCCGGCAGAAACACUUUGGGCGACUGGUGAAUGUACUCCACUAUGUUCCCUUCCGUCUUGCUUCAAAGGUCGACAUUGCUCUCAGGUCAUUGGGCCAGCUCUAUCGUUUGCGCAUCGGGUCUCUGCGCCAGGAAUCUGGGCCACAACUGGGCGACUCGGCUUUGCAAAUCAGACUGCAAGAGGACAUGGCGGACCUCAAAAAACAGCAAACACUGUUCCGUACGCUUGAGGGGAUGUUUCGCAAUCAUUUGGGUCCGCCUACCUCAAACGAAUACUCUGGGGAUUUUUGGGGCCCGGAGAAGUUCAUUGCCGUGACGAGCCUCAACCUCGCGACUGAGCCUGAGGUCUUUUUUGAAGCGGUCCACAGCGAUCUCAAUAGAUUGAAAGACCCUGAUGUUAUCCGGAUCGUUGAUGAAGUCUUCAAAAUCCUGAAAGCUUUUGAGCGAAGCAAUGAGAGGGCACCCUCGCCCGCGUCGUCACUUGCUUCGACGGCGCCACCGCCCUCGCCUCGUGGCGGAUCAGGGUCCGGGUCGGAUAGUCAACCGCAGCCAGGGGAUCCAUCGACGGACACAUCUAAGACUCAACCUAAGAAGCGGGCAUGGCUUCAGACUGCAGGCGGUACCGAUGCUUCGGGGAAUGAGACUGGUCUUCCACCAACAAAACGUGUGCAGCUGCUUGAUAAGGAGUCAGAUGCGCCAUCAGUUCGAGAUACCCAGUCCUGUGCGAACAACAGGAAAGCCUUCGAGGCAUCCAAUCAGGCGACAAUGGAUCUGGACGAGCCACCUACGGAUUUGAACACCAACCAGCCGCCCCCACCGGGCAUGAUCGCAUUCCCGGAUCCGAAGACGGGGUUCACUCAGUACGCGCCCGUGUCGCGGGCCGCAGACGUGGGCCCCAUGCUUCAGCAGGCGGCACAAGAGAGGGAGGCCUCGGCGGCACAAGCCCGCCAGGCUCUGGUCGACUUGGAAGCACGGAGUCACAUUCAGAAGCGGAUGGAAGGGCCACCGACUGCGGAAGAGAGAGCAGCUCUCUUGGACCUGCAAAGCCAGGAGACCGAUUUGAAUGCGUUUAGGCUCAAGGAAAAGGUGAUUCGGGCGUUUGAAGCGAUUCGUGCAGGUCCGAGUGGGCAGGAUGAGGAUGUGGAAAUGCAGAUUUGAGGCUUUUUUUGUCUGUUUCCUCGAUGCUGGAAGUGUCUUGUUUUGAAGGCAGUUUAUCUUCAUCAAGCGGGGCAAGUGGUGCGCAAGAGUGAAGGGUUGGCUAUGGUGUUGGGGAUUAAUGCAUGUUUUUUUCGGUUGUUUGUUUGUUUUGGAUAUCCAUGUUUAGUUUUGUAUUCAUAUCGACUUCACUUUUUAAAUCUGAUAGUGGCACAAAGGGUAGAUUCUUACUAGCAAUCAUGUAUGAUAGUCGAAGACUUAUCGGGACUCGGGACUCGCGUG